AUGAGGCAUGAAACUUGGAGACGUGAAUGGGGAUCGCUGAACUGGCCCUGUCCGGCCCAAUUUUCUGAAGGAAACUAUAUGAAACAGAGCACGCUCCCUCCGCCUGCCCGCCGUUCUUUGGCUGACCCUGCUCUCUCUUUCUCUCUCUGUGUGCUGUACUUUGGGUUUGACGAGCUAGUUGGCGGACCUUCGUCUGGGAGUCUUCCUGGACUGCACGAUGUCAGGUUGACGGAUUUCGAUGUUUCUCCGGAUUUUCGGAACAUCUCAUUUUCUUUUCUGCUUUCCUGCUUGUGAGCGUAUGAUAACUCGAUAUCCUUGCCUGACCAGAGGAAGAAGGAAGCGAGGAGGAGCGAGAGUUGUUCAACGGAGCCGUCGAUGGUGAGCGGGACGAAAAAGGUGGAAAUGAAGUCGAAACCAAAGACAAGGUGGAGGAAACGAAGAAAGAAAAUGGAAGGAAGAAGAAGAAAAGCAAUAUUGUGUCUGUUGAAGACGGCAGCAAGAGAGGGGUAUGUUAUCUUAGCCGCAUCCCGCCUAACAUGGACCCCGCCAGUCUCCGACACAUGCUCUCCCAGUACGGUGAAAUUGAUCGUAUCUAUCUCGUCCCUUCUGGUAAUGCACGACCAUAACCAUCAUAUUUUCCCAGAUUUUGCUAGCAGAGAUGGCGUAUGAAUGAGUAAAUAUCCUAUGGUCUUACUCUUUUUUGGGCCUGGGCAGAUACCUCGGCAGCUCAGGGCCGAAGGAAAAGGUCGGGUGGUCCCAGAGGUCAAGCAUUCUCUGAAGGGUACAGCAUAGAAGCAAAGUGCUUGAUGAUAUGACUUUCAUACACUUUAUCCACUUUAGUUUAUGGGAUCUCUGUGAUUAUUGAAACUUCGUAGGUGGGUUGAAUUUGCGAAGAAAGGUGUUGCGAAGAGGGUUGCAAAUAUGCUCAACGGAGAACAGAUGGGUAUGUAUAUUUUAAGCCUUAUGAACUACCUGGUGAUGGCUCACUAAUUCUUUUUUCGUUUUAUGAAGCAUUGUAUGGGGCUGUAAUCAAUCUUAAAACUGUUAGCGUUUAUUUAACGUUUGGUUGCCCUUAAGAUACCUGUUAAAUUGGAUUUUGUGGUUUUGUCUUCUACCUGGAUUGCAGCGCCUCUAACUUUGUGAAAAGCUCUUCUUAUCACUGGCUUGGUGUUUGAUAUAACACGUAUCUUAAGGACACAAAUUAGUCCUGAGAGUAACUAACUAGGUAUUUAGGGGACAUUUCUCCAAAAUGAUAAUGGAAUUUGGAUGUAACAGACGUUCUCUUGAGUUUUCAUCAUAAAUUUUGAAAAUUCAACCGUUUUAAUGAACAAGAAGGUUUGGUUGAGUCAUCAAGCAACAUGAAAUAGUUUUGUGUUACUGAUGUUUUUCGAGGUUCUUGGCGUUUUUCAUAGCAGUAGUCCGUAGUUGUCUUCUACUUGGGAAGGUGGCAGCAACCUCUUUUGAUUGCCUAGAUAAUACAAUUAAAUUUCAGGCUUGCCAUGCUAGUUGGGCUUGAAUAUUGGAUGACCCAUGACUUUAUAACAGCAAGGUCACCCCAUAACACAUCAGAGAUUAUAAUUUCUGAAGCUUCAAGAAAGUUAUCAGCUGUAGUAUCCUUAAUGACUAUGUGGAUAAAUUUUUAAGUAAGAUUCAAACAUUUAUUUAGAAUGACCUUUGUGUAAAAUGCUUCAAGUUCAAGAAAUAACGUUUUCUAGAAGGGCAACACACGAAAUUUCUGUGGACCAAAAUUGGCAUCUCAAUGUGGAAUGCUCCUUAAGAUAACCACCUAGAUGUGAGAGACUCUGGGGUGUCUGCUAUGCUUGUCUUGGAGAUCAUGUGUUGGAUGGUAAUUCUUGAGGCAACACAUUGGGCAGGGGUUGUGGGAAAGAAAUAAGCAUUAUAAAAGAAUCCAGGAACGUAGUCAUCAUUUUUAUUAGAAUUGAGGGGGGGAGGUGACUUUCCAGUGUAUUAUAACCAUGGCACCCAGAGUUUUCUGAUUUCUAUCUUUUCGGGAAUUAGUGUUGCCCUACUGAUAUGAAGGCUGGAAGGGAGAAAUGUGAUAACCUGAGUAUUUAGUUAAGCGACCAAGUUGGACUGACUAACUUGAUUAGUGUACUGUAUAUGCCCAAAUUCAGCUGAUCCUAGAGAGCGCAACUAAUUUUCAAGUUGAUCACCCCCUAUCUUACUAUGUUCUCUCCAGUUCUUGUGCUGCCAAAGAGGAAGAAUGUCAAAAUGCAGGAUGAUGACAGAUGAUUGAAGUAGAAAACGAGGAAAGGAAAACUGGAAGAUGGGCUAGAAGAAGGGAAGGAAAAAUACGGUAAGCAACUCAUUAGAGCUGCCGCCAAAUGCUGUUGACCUUUUAAGUGGUGCCACUGACCCUGCACAUACGGAAGAAAGAAGAAAAGGGAUCAUGUGCUCACUGCUUUGGAGGGGACAUUAAGUUGAAUGUUUGUGUGACAUCUUAUGCCAUAUUCAUGUACAUGUUUAAUAAAACUCUAGGACUGCCGUUCUUCUAGUUUUACAUUUUAUAGACAAAUGUGGUGCUUUCACCGCCAUAAAAGAAAAAUAAGAUGGUAAUCUGUUUUCAUUAUUUUGGAAUUAUUAGUUUAUGAUGAUUAUGCUGGAAGUCUCUCAUGAAGAACUGCCUGAGGGAAGCCAUUUUCAAUCUCAACUACCCUUUGCAAUGGAAAGAUGACAUGAGAGCAUCGUCCCUUUAUUAGCUGUGUGAUUCGAAGUAAUCCCAUCCACUUGAAGGUCUUGGAUCACAAAAAUUUACCUAAUCGGAUAUGAAGAAUCUUUGGGUGAAAUUUUAGAUCAUCGUUGUUGCUGCUAUCUUAUUAGUUUUCCUGUAUUGGAUAUAUCAUAGUUUAUAAUUCUUCAUGUAUUCUUUGUCUAAUUUUGGAUCCCUUUAUUACAAGAAAAUAAAUAGCAGUGUCUUUGUUGAAUACCUAUGGACAAUAAGUCUUGUAUUAUUAUUUUCUCUGUCCAUAAUUUUUUGAGGCGGGUGUUUUAGUGGUUCUGUUGUUUAGAUUUUUCUUCUGGUCAUUUUGGUUGUCAAAUAUCUUUUGGUGUUUUCUUGUUUUUAAUCUCGUUGUCAUAAUUUUCAAGAUGUUGCUGAGGGAAGUCCUUUGUGUGAAGGUGGUAUGGAUGCCCAAGGCAUCUAUGCCACCUUGUUGAGUAUUGAUGCGACCUAACACAAUUUAUUUAAGGUAGGAGGGGAAAGAGUCGAAGUCAUAAGCAUAAGGACGGUUUUAACAAAUGUCCAGGGGGACUGGCAACAGAAAUAGGGUUCUCGAUGGAGGGAAAGGGUAUGGAGCCUUUUGAUGUUAAGGGGAGAGAGGGAGCGUCUUGAAAGCUUGUGGACAGCUUGGGGUUCCGACGGAACUCUGAUUUAUCCUUCUUUGUAUUUCCGUUCCUUGGCUACUGUUCAAUCAUGUUUUUUAUGCUAGUUUCCUUCACUACUAUCCGGGAUUGGCCUAGGUUUUCACCUGGGCCACCCUGUGGUCUUGUACAUAUUUCAGGCUGCUUGGGUAGACUUGGUUAAGGCUUCCAACUCCAUGCCAAGGAUCAAUGUUUGUUAUUCAAUCGUGUUUGAAAUAAAACUGAAUAGUGUAAUUCAUGUUAUAUGGUCAUAUCAUAUGAUCAAGCAAUGGAUAGUGUUUGCACAAUUGAUGUGGGACAAUCAGACUGUACUAUUAAAUAAGUUGAAGUCUUAUGUAACUAAUCGUAUGAAAUAUUAUUAUUCUAAAACUGCGACCAUAAAGUGAGUUAAAAAUCUUCUCAUACAUUUUUUCACGAUUUUUAGUAAGUUUUUAUCAACGUAACUUAUGUAUUAUAAUUUGAAAAUUAAAUAAGCAUAUUUUAAAUUAAGAUAUUCUUGAAAUAUUAUUUUAAAUGAAAGGUAAAAUUAUUAUUUAAAUAACUUGGCUGGACAAUUUUUACUUGCUGAUGGUGAUUAUUUAAUUUAAACAUUUAUUUUAUGACACUAAUAUUUUGCAGACAUAACACUUUCACCUAGGAAACCUUUGUUCUUCACCCUUUACAGGACCUAGGUUUGACUUCUAUUACAAUGUUUAUGCUGGUGAACUUUUUAAGGUCUCCUGUGUGCCAGAUGUCCGUGGCUAUAGGCGUAUUGAUGAUGGGCAAGAUGCCAUUUCCUAGUAUGAGAUUUCAGCUGUGACCAGUGAAUGAGUAUUUUAGAUUCCUAGUUAAAGCCGUCAUUGUUAGCAAAACUAUCAUGUUAAAGCAGCUACUUGUUUUUGUUUUCUUUUACUGCUUGCGGGUUAUUCCCUGCAAAGUGUUCGUGCCGAAUUUCCAUAGGCAAUUGUCUAGAAAUCGGAUUUCCUGCCUUGUGCAAGUCAUGGACAAAAUUUAAAAUGCAAUUCAGAUUGGAUUUCAAUGCAAUUCAGAUUGGAUUUUUUGGAUUAUACUUUUAUUGCAGUUUGAUGAAAUUUUUCAUUAAAUUAAAAUCGUGUCCAUAUCAUGAAUUCCUGGUGAAUCUUAUUUUGAGUUUUUCUGUUGUUGAUGUGGAGCAUAUUCCUAGCUGUAGUUCUUGAUGUUUAUUUAACUGAAAUGGAAGAAUUACAUGUUUCUCCCCAUGGUUUCCAAAAUAGAGCAAAAGAUGGAACAAGAAUUCUAGAUAAAGAAGAGAACGUUCUGCAAGACGUGUUUCAGGUUUCAUCGUGUAUAGUUUAUUUAGUUCUUUGUAUUUUUCACAUUUAUACCGUUGCUUAACUGCAUUUUGAUACCGCAUUUAUAUAAUUAUGUUGUAUUCGUAAUCUCUUUUCUUUUCUUCAGAGAUUGUCCAUGGCUAAUGCUUGGCUCUUUGUGAUUGCCCAUUAUGGUUUUUUUCUUCGUACCUAGUAUCCAACUGAUACUUAUUUUGUUUUUAGGUGGAAGGAGGAGGUCAUCCUUCUACUACGACAUAUGGAACAUUAAAUAUCUGAGCAAAUUCAAAUGGGAUGAUUUGACUGAGGAAAUUGGUAAGUUUUAUUUAGAUUAUUUGGUUGUUAGCUUGAUGCUCCUUUAAACAGGUUUCUGAUAAGAUCCCAGAUCAAGAACUACGAAUAAUUCGUAAUAGAUGAAAAAACAGUCUCUAGAACAGAAAUAACAAAGAUAAGAGCAGUAGAAGAACCCAGAACAGAUGUAGAGUCGCAUAAAACCCUCCAACCCUUCUCGUAGAUCCACGAGAUACUAACAGUGAUUUUUCCUCCCCUUCCUUCCUGCUCUGUCAGUCCUUAUAUCCUCUCCUUUCUCUCUCUCAUUUAGGCAGUUAGUCUCCUGCCAUAGCUGCUCUUGCCAUAACCGAUCCUUGCCAUGACUGCUCCAUGCCAUAACUGCUCCUUGCCAUACUGCUCCUUGCCAUCACUGCACCUUCCCUCAAUCAUGCUGACUGUUAUUGACUUAUUGGGCUUUGGGCCUUCUUCCUUCCAGCAUAUGUGUGUGGAACCUUAUCAGUUUCUGUCUGAGUAAAGUUUCAUAUCUGCAGCUUAUAAGAAUGCUAGUAGGGAGCAAAAGUUAGCUCUAGAGAUAUCUGCUGCCAAGAAGGAGCGCAACUAUACCCUUUCAAAGUUUGCACAGGCUCGUGCUAUAAAUGCUAUUGAAGAACGUCUAAACAAGGUUCUUAACACCCGACCUUUUUCUUCUUCUUCCAACAUGAUUCUUUUGCUUAAAUUUUUUACUUAAAUUGAUCUGAUAUUUAAUUCUUGAAAAAUGUUGCUGCGUUGUACGUAGAUAAACAUGAAAUGUUUUCCAAAUAUCAACAUGGAAGGAUUUAUCAUAUUUCUUCAGUGUUACAUCUUAUCAAGUCUUAGUUUAAGCUGUUAUUAUUCUUAUUGGUGGGAUUCUUGAAAUGUUCAAUUUUCAAGGAAAAACACUGACUCUGCUGCACCAGCUACUUGGAAUGUUACAUGAAUGGUCAUCCUUCGGUCUGGAGGUGUGAUGACGGUUAAUUGUAUUCUUGAUUUGGAAACUAUGAAAGUGAUAGGCGAAAUAUUUUGAUAGAGUUUUAAGAAAAUAAUCUUAUGUUAUAAGAAGAUAAAAGUCCUUGAAUGAGGAAUUUUGUCAAAUAUCUAAUAUGCUCGAUGCUUGGAAGGUAAUUAAAUUAAAUAUUGAAAAAUUGCUGUGUCAUCGAAUUGUGUAAAGAAAAGAUGCAGUCAUGAAAGUAGACAUCACUAAGUUGCGGAUAGAAAUGUGUGUUCUACUAGGAAAACAUGGGUGCUGAGGUGAUCAUCUUUUGAUGAUAUUAACUUAAAAUUUUUAGCCAGCAUGAAUUAUUAAAAUCCGUAUUAAUAUCUCCAUUCUUUCCAAAUCCUUGCUUUUUUUGUAUUUUAACGAGGGUUAAGUUACUUUUCUAAAGCAUAAUGUACUUGGAAAAUUUUUUCACUAUUAGGAGCGUUCUUACUCAGACAAGGUAAGACCUUAUGAAAUUUUGGUGAUGUAAUUGUAGAUGUUGGAAUAGUUUGCAACUUCUCGGUGAACUAGAUGCUCCUUUAUUAUCAUGGUUACUACUAAUAUUCAAUCAAAGUAAACAACUAUAGAUGAACCCAGGAAAUAUUUUAGUACCUCAGUCAUCGCUUGCAUUAAAGUCAUUGGUGUUUCAGAGGCCAUCCAUGUCUUGAAGGUGAGACUCUCUUUUGUCAACACUCAUUCUUAAUUCAGAGCGUUGGCAAUUCUCAAGAAAACAAAUGUUGGUACUUUGUUUUAGUUUCUCGAAAAUUAAAUAUGUUUUGGGACCGAAAACUCUAAAGAUGGUACUAUAACGUCUGGGAGCUUUGUUUUGGGAAGGGAGGCCGAGAUGGUGGGUGAGAAUCAUAUGGAGGAGUUGGUAGUGGACUCCAGGAUACGAGAGGAGUGCUGUAGACGGAUGGGUAUAGAGUAGGGUUGCGACUAUGUUCAAAGACUAUGCUUUUUCUACUCCGCUAUUUUCGUUUCCCUUUCCCAGCCCAUGUCGCUCUAUUAAUAUGAAGAAAAGCUUACGCAAUUUGUAGCAGUAUGGAGAAAUUCAUUAUUUAUUCUCCAUAAGAAAUAUUAUUUCUAUCCAAAAGGUUAGCUAUUGUUAUAAGCGAGAAUGAUUUGGUAGUUUCUAGAGACACAUGGAAGGAAAUGCCAUAAAGGGUGUGAAUUAAUCUUUAACGUGGAGUUUGAGUAGGCCUUCUGCAUCUUCUGCAUCAUGGGUCUCUAUGAAACAGAUCUAAUCACGUAUCAGUUCGUCUAGAUUUCGUCAUUCAUGAAUAGAGAAUUCAAAAAAUCGUUUGGCAAUGAUGGUCACCAAAAUUCAUGAUUGCCAUAUAAUUAUGAAGCAAAAUGUUGUGAAGGGUUGUGGGAUUAGGGCGUGUAAAAGGAAGGAUUUGAGCCAUAUGAAGAGGGUUUCCAACUAAUUUACCUAUGAUGGAAGGUGUAAUUAUAUACGAUUGGAUUGAUGAUAUCUGUCUAUUGGAGAAACAAAUGAACUGCAGGAAGAUAUUUGAAGAGUGGUACUAGAAAUGUGCCCAUUGAGAGGGAAGUAUGGAUGACAGUUUGAGAGCUUCAUGUAAGCUACCUCGCGAUGCCACUCCCACUGUCUGUUGAGAGUUUCAUUGAAGGGUUUGAGAGAUAAUUUUAUGAACGUAUGUCAUUGGUCAGCCUAGUGCAAACAACCUCUUGUUAUAGGAUAGAUUUGAUCUACAUCUAGUCUAGUAUUUAAUAUUUAUUCUUAUUUGGGAUUUCCAUGGUUGUAGCCAUGUCAGGCAGGUUCUUCUAACAUAGCAGUCAUCUCAGGUGUAGAGGGAGAAGUGUUAACAAGUAUAAGAAUAGCUUAACGAUUUUCAUUUUUCUUUAAUUAGCAAAGUUGAAAACGGGAUGUCCCUGAAAGUUAGUUGAUGGGGGACUAGGCGCCAUAUGGAUCCUCACCUUUUUAAGGUAAAUGUAUUUCUGUAGGAGGUCGUCUCUGUGCAGUGUUUACUAUUUAUGUUUGAAUUUACUUAACUCUGUGCAGUGUUUUCAUUUGAUAUAAAUAUCCAUUUGGGGUUAAUUACGGACCAUGAAAAUCUUCAUGGUGAUGAGUUAAAGAUUAUCUAAUUUGUUGGUGUGGUCAGACAAUUUUCGACAUAAAACACGUACUUUUGUCUUCAUGAUGGCUUAUGCAGAAGAGGAGGAAUGGAGAUGUGGGAUUCACUGCGGAUGACAGAAGUGACAAAAGGGAGGCCAAAAUCUAUCGACAAUUUUCCCAGAACAGGCCAUUUGGCAACACUAAUCAGAAGAAGGGAACUCUUUCAAAAGAUAUCUUGGCAGGGGUGGGAUUCUCUCUUCGAUACAUUAUCCAUUUAGCUGAUUAUGCUCCACUAAUGCAUCAUAAUGGUUUGAUGCUGCAGGUUUUUAGUAAUUCCUCAUCGUGAUCAAGAAGGUCUUACUGCUGAGAACAUGCCAGUUUCCUGCCGGUGUAGCUUCUUUGGAUGGCUAUCAGCUGUCCUAGCCAGAUAUAGUUUGUUGGCAGUUUGAACAUUCAAUUCUGAGGCAUAAUCUGGGCGUCCGGGCUGAUGAGAAAAAUAUCACGUACCUGCUUGAUAGGGAACUUUCUUUGUAUUCUAAGGGUUUCGUUUCGUCAAAUAUGCAUAGAAAAAAAGCAAAAGGUCUAAGUCAUACUCUGUUAUUCUUAUUUUUAUUUUUUUCGUUGUGAGCAGCGACUAAGUUCCAAAUGUAUUGUUUCUUUCCUUGUCUUAUUCAGAUCCUUGCCUCGCUGAGAGGAUGUAUUGAUUUUUGAAGAACAGUUUUUUAUGCUCUCUGCCAUUUUACUAGGCUCUGGUGGAUUGCGGUGAACAGUCUCUUUCUAAAUUCCUACCACGUCCAAUGA